GGAAGGAAAUUAGAUCAUAUCUCAACAAGUGAUCAUACAACUGUGAGAACUUCCCAGGACUGAAGUGUCCUGAGAGCAGAUGCGACAGGUUUUAGAAGACGGAGAGUUGCAGCUAUGAGCUUAACAGCAGCAUGGAGUGGAUUCGUUGUGUUUGUUCUCUGUGUGUCAGUGGUACAUGGUCAGGAUGGCUGGGGAGUGACUUACUCUCUUACUCAGAUCUGCGCCUUAAAAGGAUCAACAGUGGAAAUACGCUGCUCCUACAGAUACCCACCCAGAAUGAAUGGCCAUGAAACCACAGUUGAGAGAAGAUUCUGGUUUACUAAAUUCCAGGAUGAAGAACGUGUGGAUGUGAGAACAGACUCAGCGUAUGCAGGUCGUGUGCAGUAUCACUGUGGUGAGGACGACUGCACUUUGACAAUCAGAGACCUGAGAGAGAGCGACUCAGCUCAGUACAAGUUCAUGUUCAUAACAAACCAACCAGGUGGUGCAUUUACUGGUUCACCAGGAGUCACUUUGUCAGUCACAGGUUUGCAGGUGAAGGUGAGCUCAUCAUCAAGGUGCUUUCUUUACUCUUGCACGUGGUCAGAUCUGAGGUGUAGCAGCAGUUGUGAUCUUCCUAAUCAUCCCUCCUACAUCUGGUACAAGAAUGGACAGAAAACUGGGGGAAAAACAAAUGAUCAUUCAGGUUACUUUUAUUAUGAAGACAGCGUUUCCUGUGCUGUAGAAGGACACGAGGAUUUACCCUCUCCUUCAGUGUGUGUCUAUGGUGAUUCAUGCAACAGAGUGACGUACACUGACAGAAGCAUCUGUGCCUUUAAAGGAUCAUCAGUGGACAUUUCCUGCUCAUACAACAGUUAUAGAUCUGUUACAUCUAAGUUCUGGUUCAAUGCUGAAUGUUAUCGUUCGGGGAGUUAUUGCAGACAACCUGUGGACCUUAGUGAAGACUCCCUGUAUGCAGGUCGUGUCCAGGUCUUUGAAACGACGACAGGACGCUCCACUCUGAGAAUCACUGACCUGAGAGAGAGUGAUUCAGCUGAGUAUCGCUUCAAAUUCAAAACACAGUCGUCUGAAUGGCAGAGUGGUUUACCUGGUACAACUCUGACCGUCACAGAACCACGUGUACAGGUGCAGGUGAUCUGGUCUUCUACUGGUCCAACACUGGUUUGUCACAGCAGCUGUCUUCUUCCUGGUCGUUCUUCCUUUGUCUGGUAUGAGAAUGGAAACAUGAUCCAGGGAGAAACAUCUCAUUCAUUAAGACGACUCUUUGAUCCUGAGGACAGUUUUUCCUGUGCUUAUGAGGGUUACCGCUCUCCUCCAGUGUAUGCUCCGAGGGUUCCCACAGUGUGGGUGAGUCCCCCUGGUGACAUUAUGAAGAACAGUUCAGUGACUCUCAGCUGUAGCAGUGAUGCUAACUCCCCCACUGUGUACACCUGGUACAAAAACAACCAAUCACUGCUGAGGAAAGAACCACAGCUCGUCUUCAGCUCCAUCCAGUCCUCUGACUCUGGACAGUAUUACUGCACAGCUGAGAAUGAUCUGGGGAGGAGGACAUCUAAUUUUAUCUUCAUUAAUGUGAAAUAUGGUCCACAGACGUCCACCCUGUCAGUGAGUCCCUCUGGUGAGACAGUGGAGGGAAGUUCAGUGACUCUGACCUGUAGCAGUGAUGCUAACCCAGCAGCUGAUUAUACCUGGUACAAGGAGAACCAAACACUGCUUCAAGGACCAGAGGACAUUUACCAUUUCUCCUCCAUCAGCUCUGAGGACAGAGGGUUUUACCAGUGCAAGUCUGAGAAUCAGUAUGGACAGAUCAGCUCUGAACCUCUGUUCUUAGAUGUCCAGUAUGCUCCAAAGCUUCCCUCUGUGUCAGUGAGUCCCUCUGGUGAGAUAGUGGAGGGAAGUUCAGUGACUCUGACCUGUAGCAGUGAUGCUAACCCAGCAGCUGAUUAUACCUGGUACAAGGAGGAUGAAGACUCAGCAAAAGCUUCAGGACAGAUCUUCAUCAUCACCAACGUCACAGCUGAGCACAGUGGGAGUUAUUACUGUGAAGCCCAGAACAGCAGAGGACGUAAUAACUCCACCUUACAUCUGACUGUUGUGACGGGGAAAACAGUGAUGAUUCUGAACAUCAUCAGGUUGACUCUGGUGGUCCUGAUGCUGAUUCCACUGUGUCUGUCUUUCUUCAAUCUGUGGAUGAGGAAGAAGGAGAAAAGUCUGAGCUUAAACACUGAACCAAAGGAAGCUGUGGAGGUGAUGGAGAUGCAGUUGAAGCAAAGACAGGACUCACCUGAUGGGAGCAGAAAAGUUGUCUUGAUAUUCACAGAACUGAGAGGAGCAACUAUGAGUUUAACAGCAGCAGCAGGAGGCUUCGUUGUCCUUCUUCUCACUGUGCCAGUGGUACAGGGUCAGGAUGACUGGGAUGUGACUUACUCUCCUACUGAGCUCUGUGCCCCAAAAGGAUCAACGGUGGAAAUACACAUCACAUACAGAGACCCACCCACAACCCAUGGCUAUGUUCCCUUAGUCCAGAAAAGGUUGAUAACAGAGAGCUACGCGGUUGAUGUGGAUCUGAAUACAGACCCAGCGUAUUCAGGUCGUGUGGAUUAUCCCUGUUAUCGCUCACACGGCUGCACUCUGAGAAUCAGAGACCUGAGAGAGAGCGACUCAGCUGAGUACAGGUUCAGGUUCAUAGCAAACCGACCAGGAGGGAAAUAUCUUGGCUCACCUGGAUUCACUUUGUUUGUCACAGGCGACAAGCUCCACAUAGACGUGACGCCAAAAUUCAGUGAUGAUCCAAACUUGACAGAACUGAAAUGUCACAUCCAGUGUCAGCAAGAUGUCCAUCAUUCCUAUAGCUGGUACAAGAACGGAGAGAAAUUUAGAGAAGGAGAAAUGUAUUAUCACCGAGGCCCAUUUGAUCCUGCAGACAAGUAUCACUGUGCUAUAGACGGACAAACGUUUUUGUAUUCUCUCCCAGUGUAUGCUCCCAAUCCUCCCUCUGUGACAGUGACUCCCUCUGGUGAAAUCGAGGAGGGUCGUUCCGUGAAUCUGACCUGUAGCAGUGAUGCUAACCCACCAGCCAAAUACACCUGGUUAAACAUAAAUAGAAAUUCAAAAGUUCAACCUGUCAAAGAACAAUCACUUUUAUUUUUGUCCAUCCAGUCCUCAAACUCUGGAAACUAUUUAUGUACGGCUGAGAAUGACCUGGGGACGAUUAUGUCUGAGCUCACCUUUAUUGAUGUGAAAUAUGCUCCAAAGCUUCCCUCUGUGUCAGUGAGUCCCUCUGGUGAGAUAGUGGAGGGAAGUUCAGUGACUCUGACCUGUAGCAGUGAUGCUAACCCAGCAGCUGAUUAUACCUGGUACAAGGAGAACCAAACACUGCUUCAAGGACCAGAGGACAUUUAUCAUUUCUCCUCCAUCAGCUCUGAGGACAGAGGGUUUUACCAGUGCAAGUCUGAGAAUCAGUAUGGACAGAUCAGCUCUGAACCUCUGUUCUUAGAUGUCCAGUAUGCUCCAAAGCUUCCCUCUGUGUCAGUGAGUCCCUCUGCUGAGAUAAAGGAGGGAAGUUCAGUGACUCUGACCUGUAGCAGUGAUGCUAACCCAGCAGCUAAUUAUACCUGGUACAAGGAGAACCAAACACUGCUUCAGGGACCAGAAGGCGUUUAUCACUUCCCUUCCCUCAGUUCUGAGGACAGUGGGUUUUAUCAUUGCAAAUGUGAGAAUCAGUAUGGACACAAGAACUCAUCAUCUCUACUUGUAGAUGUCCUGUAUGCUCCAAAGCUUCCCUCUGUGUCAGUGAGUCCCUCUGCUGAGAUAAAGGAGGGAAGUUCAGUGACUCUGACCUGUAGCAGUGAUGCUAACCCAGCAGCUAAUUAUACCUGGUACAAGAUAAAUGGAAAUCCAGAACUUCAACCUGUCAAUGAAGCAUCACUUUCCUUCAGCUCCAUCCAGUCCUCAGACUCUGGAACAUAUUACUGCACAGCUGAGAAUGAUCUGGGGAACAACAUGUCUGAGUUGAGCUUUAUUGAUGUGAAAUAUGCUCCAAAGCUUCCCUCUGUGUCAGUGAGUCCCUCUGGUGAGAUAGUGGAGGGAAGUUCAGUGACUCUGACCUGUAGCAGUGAUGCUAACCCAGCAGCCUCUUGCACCUGGUACAAAGAGAACCAAACACUGCUUCAGGGACCAGAAGGUGUUUAUCAUUUCCCUUCCCUCAUUUCUGAGGACAGAGGUUUUUACCACUGCAAAUGUGUGAAUCAAUAUGGACAGAUUAAUUCCUCAACUCUACUCAUAGAUGUCCACUAUGCUCCAAAGCUUCCCUCUGUGUCAGUGAGUCCCUCUGGUGAGAUAGUGGAGGGAAGUUCAGUGACUCUGACCUGUAGCAGUGAUGCUAACCCAGCAGCUAAUUAUACCUGGUACAAGGAGAACCAAACACUGCUUCAAGGACGAGCGGGCAUUUAUCAUUUCUCCUCCAUCAGCUCCGAGGACAGAGGGUUUUACCGGUGCAAGUCUAAGAAUCAGUAUGGACAGACGAACUUCUCAUCUCUACUCAUAGAUGUCCACUAUGCUCCAAAGCUUCCCUCUGUGUCAGUGAGUCCCUCUGCUGAGAUAAAGGAGGGCAGCUCUGUGAAUCUGACCUGUAGCAGUGAUGCUAACCCAGCAGCUAAUUAUACCUGGUACAAGGAGGAUGAUGACUCAGCAAAAGCUUCAGGACAGAUCUUCACCAUCACCAACAUCAGAGCUGAGCACAGUGGGAGUUAUUACUGUGAAGCCCAGAACAGCAGAGGACGUAAUAACUCCACCUUACGUCUGACUGUUAGGGCAGUUCCUUCUGAAGCAUGGAAAUCAGCAGUCUCUGGCAUCGCCCUCCUUCUUGUCCUUGCUGUCAUUUUCCUCUCUGUCUUCCUUCUGAUGAGGAAAAAGAGGAACUCCAAGCAACCACCUGGGCCUGAAGAGACACCUGAUCAACAGUGUCCACCCAAUCAUGCAGUGGAACAAGAUGACCUUUACUAUGCCAGCAUCCGCUUCCUGAAGAACCAGACAGAUGCUGUCUACUCCAACAUCAGAACAGCUGGACCCUUCAGGAAGGAGGAGGAGGACGAGGAGGUGGAGGACACUGAGUACACUGUUGUCAAAUUUAACAGUUCUGCCCCGAGAACCAGUGGUCAGGAAUCUGGGGAGGAUCCAUCAGCACUGUACAGCACAGUCAACAAAACCUUCUGAUUUUUAGAGCAAUGUCUGCCAUUCAGUCACUCAGUUGUUCCACCACUUUGGUCCAGACUGAAAAAUCCCAGCAUCCACUGGAUGGAUCACAGUCAUUCAUGGUCCCCAGAGGAUUAUUCUUACUGACUGUGAUGAUCCUCUAACUGUAGCAUCGCUCACAGAGUCACAUUUUUGGGUUUUAGCAACAUGGUUUGACAACUAUUGGAUAAAUGAUUGCAUAUAUUGUUGGUGUGGUGUAACAGCCUACAGGUUUCAGCAGUUCUGUCAUCACAGCUGGUUAUCUUUUAUCUACCUUACCAUCAUAACAUUAUUAUUAUUAUCCUGAGCCAUUAUUUCGUUCUGUAUAUUUUUUUUCACAUCGUUUGUUAACACUUGUCCUUCCUCUGUUCCGUUCUCUUCUGUAUAGUUUUGUUUCUCUUAAAUUAAUUUAAAAACAUCAUUAGAGCCAAAAGGAAAUAAAUAUGUUCCCUCUGA